CCCUUUGCCUUUACCCUUCGAACACUUGCUCUCUUCCGUUGUCUCUCCAAUCUGGCUUUCUUACUGAGAUAUGCCACCUAAACGAAAACGUGCGGAUGCGGACACUCAAGGGGCUCCUGCAACUCGUUCAACGCGAAGUUCGACGCGGACCGGUAAAGACGCCACGACAAGCAUAGCCAGUGCUGGAGCUUCGGUUGGAAAAGGCAUCCAUGCGGAUGAUGUAGAUGUGGCUUCACCUCAAAAGAAAACAAGAAACACCGGAACGAAAGCAUCAUCAAGAGCAACAAAAUCAACUACCAAGGGCUGCGCAAAUACGACGAUUGCUAAUGAUGAUAAACUCACCUCGAUUAGGCUUCCAUUGAACGACGACGAAGUAGAUGAGACAAACAAGGUGGCGCCCAAGGAAUCUCAAGAAGCCUCCACCGAACCAUACACCCCUCAGCGGGUGGAAGCUCUGUUUAAUUCAUUUGCCGAUGAAGACGACCGCGAUGUGAUUGGACCAGAGGGACUGGAAAAAUUAUCUAAAGGGUAGCGAAAUGGCCAAGUUCACGAGAGUAGAAUGGUCACAUGGAAUGGGCUUGCUUGAAAUCUCCUCAUUACCAGUUCUAGCUCAAGCCUUGAGAGAGCUUGAAGACCUUCUUAUUCGUGAUAAGGAGGCGCUUACUCGCUCGGCUUCUGCCUCGAGUCAAGCGAGGAAGCGUGGCGGUGCGAGCACAAAAGAGCCCUACAACCGAACUCGUUACAGAGAGUAUGCUUCUGACCGCAAGGCUGCUUUCGCAGAUCUCUAUCAGUUUUGCUUCACACUUGCGAAGCCACCACAAGCACGAAACAUCGACUUAG